CUAUCCUUUAAGUUUAGUUGCAUAUUCACUGCGUCGUUGUAUAGCAUCUAAAAUGGUUCAAAAGUGUUUCUACUUUGCCGUUUUUGGCACGGUAGCAUUCUUUUUAUCAACACAAGUUGGUGGUGAUAAUGAGCUGGAUUCCUGCAAAAUAUCAUCGAUGGAACAUCUUCUGGAUAAAAUGAUACGCACGGAAACCAAAGUUGAAUCAAUGUUGAAUGAAAUUCGAAACAUCGAGGAACAUGUUCUGUCUAUUCUAGAGUAUCGUAAACAACACAAUCAGAACGUAUUGGCACAGAUGAAAGAAAGCCAUGAGGCUGCUAUAGAGAAUGUGAAGGCAGAAAUAGAAAGUAUUAAACCUCAGAAAGUUACAGGUCUUGGAUCUUCAUACGUUCGCUGGGGUCGGACAACCUGUCCAACUGACAAUGAAUUAAAUUACAAAGGUUAUGCUGCCGGCUCGAAUUGGGUAGCUGUUGGAGGAGCAGGAAAUUUUCUGUGCUUAACAGAAGAACCACAAUGGGGAAGCUAUGAUGAAAGCCGAACAUCUGGAGCUAAGGUUUACGGGGCUGAAUAUGAGUUUAGUGAUUAUCAUGCGGAUGGCGGUAGUAAGUUUUUUAAAAAGAAUCUGAAUGACCAAGAUGCUCCGUGUUCCGUGUGCCGGACUCCACGCUCCGCUGUUACAAUGAUCCCUGGCAGACACGACUGCUUCCCUGGCUGGACUAAGGAAUACAGCGGGUACCUCGUAGCUGGGUCAGAAGUUCACAAGUCUCCCACAGAGUAUAUAUGCCUUGACAGUGACGCUGAAAUGCUUAGCAACGGGGGAAGAAGUAACGACGGCAGAGUUAUUUACAUUGCGGAGGCUGUUUGUGGUACUCUGAGAUGUCCACCGUACAUACAAGGUCGAGAGCUGACAUGUGUGGUUUGUAGCAAAUAAACGGCACAAAAUGCCAUAAGACGUACUGAUAUGAAAAUUUGAAUAACGCAUGUUAUUCGGGUUUUUCUAAAUGAAGGACUUAAUUAUUAAAAUACCGUAAAUUUUACUGAAUGUGUAAAUUAAAAGAGAUGUAUUAAAUAGAAGGCACUUAGUUAUA